AUGCUGAACAUAUCAUACCAAGGUGGUAACCAGAGCUUUGAAGAAGCAACGCUUUGUUGCAGGCAUUUAGACGUAUUUUUCAGCAAAGCCGAUAGCGAUGUCAUCCUGUUGUCAGACACAAUUGUCUGUGUGAUUAAUUCUGUGUUUAGCGUAAUCGCCGUGUUCGCCAACAUACUCAUCUUGUACGCUUUGUACAAAGCCUCGUCGCUGCACUCUCCAUCUAAAGCGUUACUAUGCAGUCUCGCUUUGUCAGAUCUGGGAGUCGGUGCUAUAGUACAGCCAUUAUUCGUGGUCUACAGAUGGGCACAGAUCAACGGAAUUCUUCACAAAUAUUGCAAGGAAGGAAUUUUCUCUCAUAUCGAAGGAAGUCACUUCUCGGCUGUUUCAUUUCUUACAAUGGCAGCUAUUAGUAUCGACCGGCUCCUUUCGCUGGUCCUUCGCGUACAAUAUCAUUCCACUGUCACCCUAAGAAGAGUUAUUUUCCUGCUAGCUUUAAUUUGGAUAAGCGGAGGCUUAUGGUCGUCAUUUUGGACCAGAAAACAGGAUUUAUACUCGCUUAUAGGCAUGAUACAAAUUCCAGUCUUUUUUUCCAUAACUUUCUGCGCUUACUUAAAAAUCUACCUCUGCCUUCGCAAGCAAGCUUGUAGGAUGGGAAGGCACGUGAACCCACUGAAAUGCAUCAGAAAAACACAUGGUAUGAAUUUCGCUCGCUAUAAGAAGUCUGUAGUGAGCAUGUUUUACCUAUUUUGCGCUUCAGUGGUCUCAUUUCUGCCAUAUCUUUGUCACAAAGUUGCAGUAGCCAUUUCUGGAUGGAAUACUUCAACUUCGGUUUUGUUUAGCUUUGCUCUCACCAUGGUUUACGUGAACAGUUCUGUGAAUCCUUUGAUAUACUGCUGGCGGAUUUCAGAGCUGAAGCAAAUUGUACUUAAUGUUCUCUGUCGUAACCGUUCAGUAGUGAAAGAAGUCAAGUUCGUAACCUCUAGAGACCAAGUAAAAAUUCUGUCUUAGAGUAGCUCAAAGUGAUGAUUUCCCGCACUUGAAGACAAUUCUGGGAUAUGGAUCAACAUACCAGAGAUUAUUCUCCCAGAGUUACCUCCGUGAUGUCACAGAAAGAAGAUAUAAUUGCAAACUACUUGACUAACUGAUUUUAACAACCCGGUGCCUCAGGUUAGCCGUGAAAAUCUUGGAUCUACAAACACGGCUUUUUAGGAAAAGUAUUCUUUAUGUUGGCCUUUCUCCAAAGUAGCCCUCUUAAAAUGAAAACAGAAACUUUUAGUGCGAGAAAAUUUUAACCGAUUUAAGAUUGCAAUACCGCGGGAUCGUUGCUUCUGAACUUCGACUGUAUAACAACCCCAGUUCAUGUUUAUUCCAAAAGUUGCAGAGUCAUUGCUAUAAAUUCCGAAACAUCAGAAAUUGUUUUCGAUAAAUUUAGUCAAAACGUCAACGCGCUCGCUCAUUUUCAGUCUGAAAGGUAAUUGCUGAAACUUUGUAGGUCAGUUUUCAAAGCUAAAACUGAACUUUAAUAAAUCAGCUUGAAUAAGCCUACAGAGGUUACCAUCUGUUAUUCCAGCGACAUUAUUGAACGUUGUGGACGUAAGGUUCAAAUAGAAUUUUAGCGAUCGAAAGAUAUUGGUCUUCCAGAAUUGUUUACACUGUUUGAUGCAUUUCCUGUUGACCAUACAUGCUUUAUGACUUUCAUAGAAUUACGUGAUGAUUCGUGAUUUUGUGUGUUUUCCUUGUUUGUGAUCACCAGGCUUGCGCAGCCGGCAGAUCCUACGGAAAAUGAAAGGGCGCGAAAUCAAGCGUUUGUUCUCUGCUCGAAGCUCGCGGCUCGCUGCUCUUUGUUCUCUACUCGAGCAAGAAGCUCGUAGCUCCGCUUCUUGAUUUUUGCUAACGAAAACGAGUUGCGAAGCUUCAAGUUGAGAAGUAGGUUUCUCUUAUUAUUGCGUUCCACGCCUUUCGCCGCUUCGCUGCUUAACGUUUCAAAGCGCACAUUAACUAGUAAUUAUAUUAUUACGUAAGUAUAUUUGAAUAAAGAAACUAUAAGCGUGGAUCUUAGGUAUAUCUUGAGGUCUCCUUCAGGCAAAAAGUAGUUUGGUUUAUUAGCGGGCUUAGAAUAUCAUAAUGUAUUUCGUAUGACGUUUACCUGAGACAAAUUUGGUUAUCACUGAAUCCGCCAAAUGUGAGCUCUAUUUCAGGUGCAAACAAAACUAUUGUUUCAAAAACAAUGCGUCAUCCUUCAGUAAUAUUGGCUCUCUCUUAUUCAUUCGGUGAAUAUUCAGAGAGUUCUAAGGAGGAUCCAUGUGUGUGUAUCACUAAGUUGGAAGUGAUUCAAGAAAUCAAAAGCUUAGAUGUCCCCAACCAUAGAUUUACAAGCACGGCAACCUUACAGAGUAUGUUUCGAGAAUGAAAUAAAAUGAAUUUUACGGAGCUAACACUUGCUGAUGUCGUUUGUGGUCAGUUAACAAUGCUAACCUGUCAAUAUUUUGAAAAUCCAGAACGAUAAAAAAUAUCAUAUAAUCAUAUAUACAAUCUCCCGUAACACACGAUUAUAAUCGAAAAGAGCAGAAUCAAUAUUUCAUAUUAAGCCGAAUAAUGAUGCGUCAGCACGCACGAGCUUAGUAGAGAUGUAUGAACUGACCCUUUGGUCUCUAACAUCAGUAUACGUAAUCCCUAAAGGCCUUGGUGUAAUUUACCCAAAAACCGGUCUUCUCUGAAAACCCCCGAAACCAAAUGAUUGUGUCAGGGACUCAUUUUAACUCUUUUCAAAACAUUACUUUUUUAUAUCGUUUUAAAAUAAACUUUUAUUCAUUGCCAGCGUUGAUUAACUCUUUGACUCCCAAAAGUGAUAAUCGUGUAACCUCUCCCUAUAAUAGAAGUACAUUAUCCAGGAAUCAGGUAAUGAGAAUACUUAAACUUAUCAGGUAGAAGUUGUUAUCUUGAUCUAACACCUAAUUCUCAUAACUUACUUACACGGAAAUGCCUAGCAGCUACAAUCAGAUCUUGGGAGUUCAAAGGUGAAACAAAUGGUGGCUUUUAGUUUUCGUAUUACCAAGAUAUAUAAUAUUCCUUUCUCAACAGUUCUAAUGAAAAAAUGGCAGGCUAUAUUAAAGUAUGACUAAACAGACACAUUACGUUUAUAUACCUGAAAGAAAAGUUUUUUAUUACAUGUCGACCUUGGAGAUUACUGAAACUUAUCCACUGGCUCUUUUGUUUUGUUUUAAAUUUUGAGCGCUUUUUGACAACUUUCUUUAAUCCAAAUAAUUAUUUCUUUUUUUCUUAAUGAUUAUGGUUUGAUUGUAAUGAUUUGCGUUUUAACUCAUUCUCGCCUGAAGGGAAGCUUUAAUCAAAAGACGAAUCAUUUGAAUAUCAUGAAUGACGAUGUUGAUCAAAACUGCAGGAAUAAUUGCGUAAAUAACACGAAAGCAAAGAAGCAAUUUAUGAAAUAGAAACAUUGAAAAGAAAAGUUUUUGAGGCAUGCAAUUCAGUGAUGCGAGCAUUCUCAACUUAGAACAUGACUUUACGCAUACAACUUUCAUUGUUAUGCGUCGCGGAAUAAGCCUCCAGGGAAGAUCAUUCAGUGAUAAUUUUAUAGCGUACAAAAGCAGCUGUGGAUUCAGAAAAUUCUAGUCAGUGACAUCGAUCAACAAUCGGCCUCUAGAUAAGUGCGCAAAAACACAUAAUACUCCAGAGCUAAUGGAUUUUUAUCCUGCCGACUAUUAUCUUACGUUAGCGUGAUAAUAUAUCUCAAGUUUCCUUCGCCUAAUUUAGUGUUUUCCCUUUUUUUAGUAGUAGGAUUUAUUUUUAUAUAUAUUUCCUGAAACCCUGAGCGGGUAGGAUUCGCUAAAUCCUGUAACCUGAUCACCUUAUUUCGACAACAGACCCGACACAAGGACUUUCUCAUCAAAUUCACGAAAACAGGGCGGAACUUUCGUUUUAGCGAUUUGGAACAACUCUUACGAGCUACAGGCCGUUGUUAAGUCUCUAAAUUUCUCGUUUCGAAGAUUUCAGGAAAAGAUUUUACGCAUAAAUUUUUAGCCGCAAGUCAUCCGAUUCAGAAAUACAUUUACUUUCAGCGAUUGCAAACUAUUCCCAACGAGUAACAUUAUUCUUUUAAAGAUAUGGAUCACCUGCUGGGUAAAUAACUUAAAUAUUAAGAGCAUAAUAUAUAACUUAGUUCCAAAAUACAAACAGAGUUCGUUGCCUUAAUAAGAUAUUACAUGAUAUAAUCCGUUUUUGGUUUUUAAUUAUAGUUUAUUCUAGGUGGGACUUCCUCGAUAGAGAAUUUUUGGUAAUGAUUAUACCAGGUUUGAAUUGAAGCAGAAAACUGUUUAUUCUUAUUUCCAAUCAACCCUUUUUUCAGGAAGAGAGAAUUUGUUAAUUGUUGUCAUAUUUUAUCAUUUCCACUUUUUCAUGUCGUUCUGAUCGUAAGUCCAUAGGAUUGUAGAAUUGUCGCUAAUACAAUCUAACAAAAAACAAGAAGAACCAGACAUCAGUGACAUUGUUUAUUCCACUGGUCAAUAUAACCAUGAGUAACCAUGCUUUUGAGUUAUUUCCGUCGAUUCGUUUCAAUCGCAGAAUUCGAGGAGAUACAUCUAUUUCAAGGACAUACUUAGAUGUCCAAAGGACGAGAAAAAAUCUAGGUUUUUCAGCAUUUAACAAAGCCUGGGUCAGUUCUCCACCUAACUUUUGUCAUUAUCGGUGCAUGCAUGUUUGCAUAGAAGACUCUACUUUGACGAAUAUCAGAAAAUCUGUUUAUUGUAGACAUUAUCGGCUGCGAUUUCAUUGGCCGGAGACACCAUUUUAUAUGCUUUGUGCAGAGAGUCAGAAUUAAAUCAGCCGAGGAUCAUAUUCCUGUCCGUCAAUUCUAAACAGGUGAAAACAAAUUUACGUCAAUUUUAAUUGCAAAUAGCCAAGUUAAGGUUCGUUAUAACCAGAAAACUAGAUGCAUAUGCAUCAUUGUCAAUUGAGGAUAAAAGACUAACGUUCGGACCGCAAAUUGAUAGUUGUUACAUAAAGAAGAGCGAAGAGCUACAGAGCGAAGAUGGUCGUCAACGCAUCCCCUGCUAAUUCGAGCGCUGAUCUUUUUACCUGUUACGAUCCGUCCAUUUUCAUUCGAGCGCCAAGCACACUCCACACGAACUACAUUAUAGCUGCUGUUUUCAACGCUAUCCUCUCAGUAACAGCCACUUUGGGUAAUACUUUGAUUCUGUUCGCGCUUAAGAAAGCUACCACCCUGAAUCGUACUUCAAAUUACCUUCUGUGCUGUCUCGCUGUUUCUGAUUUGAUGGUCGGCCUUGUUGUACAGCCAUUACACGUUAUUUACUGUAUAUACGGAAUCAUCGGUGGUUCUAAAGUACGCUGUUACUCGCGAAUCCUCUUCCAGUGGACAUCAGAUUAUUUUUUUGCAGUUUCCUUUCUGACGAUUGUGGCUAUUAGUGUGGAUCGCUAUUUCACCUUAUGUAAGCGUCACGCCUAUCGGUCAACCCUUACAGCCAACAAAACAAGAGCAGUGAUUGCAUUUGUUUGGAUAACUUGCCUGAGUUUCCCUCUUGGUCGUCUUGUGAGUUCUUCCAUUUCAAUGAUUCUGUCUUCCAUUAUUUUUAUCAUUUUUCUCCUGAUCCCAUCAUUCACGAUUUUCAAGAUUUACCGCUUUCUCAAACAACACGAGAUUCAGAUUUCUUCUAGUAUGAAAAAAUCUUCUGCGGCGGGCGUUAAAACCGGAGGAUUCGAUGUUUUGCAGUACAAACGCUCCAUAGCAACAUUGAUCUGCGUCUACCUUACUCUCCUUGUUUGUUUUCUACCAUCAAUCGCUGUCACUGCGGCCUGGAUAACUGCGGAUCGACCUGGGAAAUUACGACUCAUCAAAGUGGGAAAUUUCUCACUGACUUUUAUAAUGUUUAAUUCAACCCUUAACCCACCCCUGUAUUGUUGGAGGAUCAGAGAGGUUCGUCAGCUAAUAAUCAACUUGUUGAAUAAAUUUUUUUGUUGUAAGAUCGAUCGAAAUCACAGAAAUAGUGUUUCUUCUAAGACUUCUGAAGAUACCCGUUUGUAA